UGUAAUGAUUCAGACAAAUUCCCCAUUGGACCAAAUAUUAUUAAAUAAAAAUGAUUCCGACGAAUUCUAUCUACUAUAUAUAAGCUAACAACACUUGUAUACGGUUUGCCUUAAUACAUGCAUACACACACAUAUAUAUACACACACACACACAUCACAAUAAAUAGGGGCAAAACAUCUUCACUAGUUCCCUCACCUUUUGCUCCUGUCUGGUCCAUGUUCGUCAGCUCUCGAAUGGGAAAAGAAGCAGCACUAGAACUCCAGCUUCACAUCAAUGGCGAAUCAGAACAUAACUCGAAAGGGAUUGGCGGCGUAAGCAACAAGAUUAUUGGGGAAAUGGAGAAGAAAGGUCAUACUUACUUGUGGUGGUUUAGGGUUUCACUCUAUGUAAUUCUCCUCUUGGCCGGUCAGACCAUAGCUACACUCUUGGGAAGAUUGUACUACGACAAAGGCGGUAACGGAAAAUGGCUCGAAACCCUAGUUCAGCUUGUCGGCUUUCCUCUUCUCCUUCCUUGUUAUCUCUACACUAACCCUAAACACGGAACCGAAACCGAAACCGAAACAGAAGAGGCAUCAUCUUCCUCAAGGUCUUGUUCCUUGACCCUGGUGUCAGUUUAUGUCGUGUUGGGUUUGAUUGUAGCCGGAGACUCAGUUCUGUACUCGCUAGGGUUACUCUACCUUCCCGUCUCUACAUUCUCUCUGAUUUCUGCAUCACAGUUGGCCUUCAAUGCCGUUUUCUCAUACUUUCUAAACUCGCAAAGAUUCACACCUUUCGUAAUCAACUCGAUCGUUCUCUUGACCAUCUCUUCCGUCCUUCUCGUCCUCCAACCUGAACGUGGCGUCUCUUCUUCUUCUCAGUCCUCUAGGUCAAACCACAUGGUCGGUUUCAUUUACACGAUCGGCAGCUCGGCCGGGUAUUCCCUAACGCUCUCCCUCACCGAUCUCGCAUUCGACAAGAUCCUCAAGAAGAGAACAUUUAGGGCAAUACUAGACAUGGUGAUAUACCAGUCGCUGGUGGCUACAUGUGCUGUGAUGGCGGGGCUCUUCUGGAGCGGAGAGUGGAAAACGCUGAGUGCGGAAAUGGGCCAGUUCAGACUGGGGAAAGCUUCGUACUUUAUGAUCAUUGCCGGCGCGUCGGUGUCGUGGCAGGCGUUUUCGGUCGGAAGCGUGGGACUGAUUCUGGAGGUGUCGUCGCUGUUCUCGAACGUGAUAAGCACGCUGGGUCUGCCGGUGGUUCCGGUCGUGGCGAUGGUGUUCUUCCACGAUGAGAUGAGCGGAAUCAAGCUGGUUUCGAUGCUUUUGGCUUUCUGGGGGUUCGUUUCUUAUGCCUACCACCAAUAUCUUGACGAUCAAAACGCAUGAAAGAGUGAGCACAUGAAGAAAUAUUUCGCAGUUGUAGCCCUUUUUGUCAUACUUUCCAUUACAAAAUCUGAAA